AUGAGGCCAGUUUUCUGUGGGAACCUUGAUUAUGAUGCUCGGCAGUCUGAAGUGGAACGACUCUUCAGAAGAUAUGGGAGAGUGGAUAGGGUUGAUUUGAAGUCAGGUUUUGCUUUUGUUUACAUGGAGAAUGAAAGAGAUGCAGAGGAUGCCAUUCGUGCUCUAGACCGAAUUGAAUAUGGUCGAAAGGGGCGUAGGCUUCGUGUUGAGUGGACAAAGCAAGAACGAAGCAGCAGGCGACCAGAGAGCAGUAGAAGAUCAUCUAACCUGAGGCCCUCUAAGACGCUGUUUGUAAUCAACUUUGAUCCCUAUCAUACUAAAACAAGAGAUUUGGAGAGGCAUUUUGAUCCUUACGGGAAAAUAUUGAACGUGAGGAUCAGGAGGAAUUUUGCCUUUGUACAAUUCGAAUCUCAAGAAGAUGCAACAAGAGCUUUAGAUGCCACCAACUUGAGCCCAGCCGUUGACCGCCUCCCGUUACCGUUGCCCACCGGCCACGACCGCUCUCAUGGCAGCGCCUCCACAUUGCCCCGAAUCUUGUCGGCAUGCCUCCCGUCGCCCAUCUCUCACCAACAUUGUCACCCCGAAUCUCGCUGCCGCCACACGUCCACAAGUACAUCCGUUGCCGGAGGCAGUGGAGCUCCAGAUCACCGCCAUUCAAGUCGUUGCCUCCGAAAUCAUCCUACACCGCCAAGCUCGGUCACACACCAACAAUCGUUUGUCGUCUUCUUCGUCAUUCUUACACCACCUAGUUGA